AUGUCUGGGCAGGCAUGUGGCAGCGCAGAACAGACCCGUUGGAAACCCCGGGAAUUUGCGAAAACAAUCAGACUCAACAAUCCUCGGCCAGAGUCAACCCAAGGCAAGUUUGGCCGGUGGUCGAACAUUGAUCUUGACCCAACACCUCCAGAACAGCGUACCUGGAACUCUUGGUCUUUCUUCGCCUUCCAAUUCAGCAUCGCCUUCUCCCCUACCACUUACAACGUGGGCGCCAGCCUCUACGCCAUUGGACUGAACUGGUGGACCAUCUUGAUCGCAUCUAUUGUUGUUUCUGUUAUUGUUGCCAUUCUUCUUUAUCUCAACUCACGCGGCGCAACUUGGUAUCACGUUGGGUUUCCCACCAUCAUUAGGUCUUCUGCUGGAAUCUAUGGAUCACUUGCGUACAUAGGCAUUCGGGGUGUUGUUGCGGUGCUUUAUACCGCAAUUCAGACCCUGUAUGCCAGUCAGUUCAUGGCAGUCAUGCUAAGAUGUGUGUUUGGUCACAGAUGGACCGAUAUUCCAAAUCGCCUGCCAUCAAGUGCUGGGAUCACCUCUGCGAAUCUGUUGGCGUUCGGAAUUCUAUGGUUACUUCAGUUGCCAUUCGCUUUCAUUCACCCUAGCAGGAUAAACAUCGUGUUUCGCAUCAAAUCAGUUUUGGCUCCGAUUGGUUUGAUCGCGACCAUGAUAUGGGCUCUGGUUAGAACUAAGAAGACCCCCACAAGCACUACAUCAGAAGCAGCAACUGGUGCAGCUCUGGGAUGGUCAUUCAUGAAGGCAUUAAAUACUAUCGUGUCCAACGUUAUCCCGCCAUUGGUCAAUAUUGCCGAUCUGUCUCGCUACGGAAGUCGUCCCAGCCAGACUAUUCCAAUGCCAGUCGGUCUAGUAAUCAGCAAGCCCUUGGUGACAUUUUUAGGCAUGGUCAUAACGGCAGCAGGGUACAAGCAGUUCGGCGAGGCUUACUGGAAUCUCUGGGACUUUUAUUCAAGUGUUCUUGACAAUUACUGGGGCCCUGAAGCGAGAACACUAAUAUUUCUUGCUGCGGGCAUUCAGGCGUUUGCAACUUUCGCCACCAACCUGAGUAGCAACUCCAUACCAGUGGGCAGUGACUUGGCAGGGCUUUUCCCCAGAUACUUCACCAUUGUCCGUGGCCAGAUCCUGUGCUUUUUGUUGGUAUGGGUUUGCGUACCAUGGAAGCUCACAUACUCGGCUGCCUCGUUUCUCACAUUUCUGGGGUCCUAUCUAUGCUUCAUCUGCCCUAUUGUGGCUUGCAUGAUUGUCGACUACUGGCUCAUUCGCAAUGGCAACCUGCACGUCCCUUCGCUCUACUCAACGAAACCUGAAUCUCCAUACUACUACUUUCAUGGGUUCAACCUGCGUGCCUUUGGGUCUUGGGCAGCGGCUGUCGUGUUGGUCGUGCCAGGGGUUUCGGGCAACUUGCAUCCCGGCUCAAUAGGAACCGCCGCCGUGCGUAUUUACAACAUGGGGUUUCUACUCUCGUCAAUCACGGCUGGUUUGUUAUACUAUGCGAGUUGCAAAGUGUGGCCGGUUCAGAUCUACCCUCCGGAAUGGAACGAUCAACCUAAAACCAGAGAGUUCAUGAGACACACGGAGGGCUUUUUCACAGGAGAAGAGAUGUACCCAGUACAUCUCUUGGACACAUCCACCAUCGUCGGCGAAGCGCUUCCCGAGAAGAUGGAGAGAUCGAGAGAGGAUGACGACGGAACAACAACUGUACAGGAGAAACGCUGA